AGUGCCUAAGUAAGAACGUUUGGUGGUUAGUUUCCCAAAACAACCGUGUCCUCAGUUUCGGUCAAAUGUAGUUACAUCUUUAAAAAAGUUCAGUCAUGUCGACGGCUAUGAAUUUCGGAACCAAGUCGUUCAAACCUCGGGCACCGGAUAAAGGAUCCUUCCCCUUAGAUCAUUUCGGUGAAUGUAAAUCGUUCAAAGAGAGCUUUAUGCGCUGCCUCAGAGAGAACAACUUCGACAACUCUCUGUGUCGUCUGCAGUCUAAAGAGUAUCUGGAGUGCAGGAUGGAAAAGCAGUUGAUGGCUAAGGAACCUCUGGAAAAGCUUGGCUUCAGGGAUCUGAUGGACGCACCCCAAGCAGAGAACACAGAGGCAAAACCCUGAAGAAUGUUUGUGAAGUGCAUUACUACUUCCUCUCCACCUUUUCAGCUCCCUUAGGUUAUUUAAGCUGUGAUGUUGAAGAUGUUAUGUAAAUUGUGUAAAUAUAAAAAUGUUCGAUAUUCUA